AUGGACUUAGCUGGUUCUGAGAGAGUUUCUCUGACGAAAGCUGCUGGUGAGCGUCUUAAAGAGGGGGCUAACAUAAACAAAUCUUUGUCAGUAUUAGGAAAUGUGAUAAGGCAACUAAGCGAGGGGAAGGAGUUUAUCAGUUAUCGCGAUUCGAAAUUGACUAGACUGCUCUCACAGGCUCUUGGCGAUGUAUAUGGAUCUGUAGUAAAACCUUUAGUCGAUUCCUUCAUGGAAGGUUUCAAUGCCACAAUAUUUGCAUAUGGCCAAACAUCUUCUGGCAAAACACACACCAUUUUGGGCAAUAAAACAGAUCCUGGGCUUUUCCAAUUAGUAUCCAAUCAGUUAUUCCAGCAUGUGGCAGACCAGGUUGAUAAGAGGUACUUGAUUAGAUGCAGUUAUAUUGAAAUCUACAAUGAAAAGAUCAAUGACCUCCUGGAUAAGAGCAAUCAGGGUUUAACUAUAAGAGAAGAUAUCAAAGGAAAUGUGCUGCUUGAUGCAAGGGAAGCUGUCGUAGACAAUGUUGAUAAAGUUAUGGAGAACAUGAUGCAGGGCAAUAAGAUCAGACGAGUUGCAGCUACUCGCAUGAAUGAGAGGUCAUCUCGAUCACACACGAUUUUCCGGAUUAUUCUGGAGUCGAAAGAUGCCAAUCAGAAAGAUGGACCUGUACAUAUAAGCUACCUUAACUUAAUGGACUUAGCUGGUUCUGAGAGAGUUUCUCUGACGAAAGCUGCUGGUGAGCGUCUUAAAGAGGGGGCUAACAUAAACAAAUCUUUGUCAGUAUUAGGAAAUGUGAUAAGGCAACUAAGCGAGGGGAAGGAGUUUAUCAGUUAUCGCGAUUCGAAAUUGACUAGACUGCUCUCACAGGCUCUUGGCGUUCAAGGCCUGCCAAUAAAUGAUAGAACAAGCACAUUGAGAGAACCUAUGCACAACUUUAUCCAGAAAGAAAUUGGAGUAGAUGUGAAAGUCAACUCAGCAAGGAAACUAGGAGAAAAGGUUUGCCUAGUAGAGUUUGACAGCUAUUCUGAUAAGAGUCAUGAAACAUAA